GCGGAGGGAGGGAGGCUUGUUACAUCCACACACACUCUCCGUACCUUUUCUAGUAUUGUAGACUAUUAUUAUUAUUAUAUUUAUUUCACAAGUCAGGUCAAAUUGUUUGGGACUUUCCCUUUCGUUCCCUCGAUCGACGUCCUAGGGUUUCUAAAUUUCGCUUCGUUGCCCGCCACUGGAACAGCGAGCGGGCGGUGGAAUCCCAGACGCACCAAAAACCCUAGAAUCGCUUCUCUUGGAUCCGAGAUUUGGGGACGGGGCGAAGGCCAUAAAACCCCUUUCCCGAGGCCUCUUGAAUCGAAUCCGAGCACCGAGAGGCGAAUCCUGACCCCCUUCUCUCUCUCAAGAACGGGAGUGAACUUUUCUUUUUCUUUUUUUCGCCAUUGGAUUCAGCAAGAACAGAUCUUUCCCGUCUAAAGCCUGGAAUCCCAUGUUUUUGAUCUAUCUGAUGGAACCCUUGGAGAAGGAAUCGGACCGGGAUCUUGUUCCCUUUUGAUUCAUGGGAGGAGGGAUCCGAACUUCGUUUUCUCUCUUUUUGGCGGAAAAAGAUUCCGUUUUUGUGUGGCCUUUGUGGGGGAAACGCAUUCUUUUUCUCUAAGACUGAACCGAUUCAGAACGGUUAAUGAAGAAUCAAACCUAGAUCUGUUCUUCCAAGAAAGGGUUUCUGGUUUGAUCUGAAAAUUUCAUCUUAAACAUGUUCAAAUCGGCUGUUUAUCAUGGGAAUUCCCUAAUUGGGGAGGUGGAAAUCUCCCCCCAGAACUCGAAUCCUGGCGCCUGGCUCAGGGAGAUCCGGAUCUCCCACUUCUCCCCGCCUAGCGAGCGGUGCCCACCGCUCGCCGUGCUCCACACUAUUGCCUCGGCCAGCGUCAGCUUCAAAAUGGAAUCAAAGUCGCCACCGUCCGAUGAGUCACAGCUAUGUUCCUUGCAUGCUGCAUGCCUCAGAGAUCAAAAGACUGCAGUUAUUCCAUUGGGAGAGGAAGAAUUGCACUUGGUGGCCAUGAAGCCUAGGAAAAACCUCAUGCACUAUGCAUGUUUUUGGGGUUUUAAUGUUGCAUCAGGACUGUAUAACUCUUGCCUUGGCAUGUUGAACCUAAGGUGCCUAGGGAUUGUGUUUGAUCUUGAUGAAACCCUCAUAGUUGCUAAUACCAUGCGCUCAUUCGAGGACAGGAUUGAUGCUCUUCAACGGAAAAUUAGUAGUGAGACAGAUCCACAACGAGUAACAGGUAUGUUGGCUGAGGUCAAGCGCUAUCAAGAUGACAAAUCUAUCUUGAAGCAGUAUGCAGAAAAUGACCAAGUCGUUGAAAAUGGGAAUGUCUUUAAAGUUCAAUCUGAGGUUGUACCGCCUUUAUCUGAUAAUCAUCAAUUGAUAACCCGUCCAAUUAUACGGUUACAAGAGAAGAAUAUCAUUCUUACACGUGUUAAUCCAUCGAUACGGGAUACUAGUGUCCUUGUACGGUUAAGACCUGCAUGGGAGGAACUAAGAAGCUACUUAACUGCUCGAGGCCGCAAGCGUUUUGAGGUCUAUGUUUGUACAAUGGCUGAAAAAGAUUAUGCUUUGGAAAUGUGGAGGCUUCUUGACCCUGAUUCAAGCUUGAUCAACGCUAUGCAACUUCUUGACCGGAUAGUGUGUGUGAAAUCAGGCUCAAGAAAGUCACUCCUUAAUGUCUUUCAAGAUGGAAUUUGCCAUCCAAAGAUGGCACUAGUUAUUGAUGAUCGUCUGAAAGUUUGGGAUGAUAAAGAUCAACCUCGAGUUCAUGUUGUCCCUGCAUUUGCUCCAUAUUAUGCUCCUCAGGCAGAGGCAAAUGGCAAUGUCCCAGUUUUAUGUGUUGCAAGAAAUGUUGCAUGCAAUGUUAGGGGUGGUUUUUUCAAAGACUUUGAUGAAGGCCUACUGCCACGAAUUAGUGACAUUUUCUAUGAAGAUGAAAUGAAAGAUUUCCCAUCUGCUCCAGAUGUGGGCAAUUAUUUAAUUUCAGAGGAUGAUAAUGCUACUUCAAAUGGAAGUAAAGACCUGCUUUGUUCUGAGGGCAUGACAGAUGCUGAGGUUGAAAGGAGAUUGAAGGAGGCAAAUGGCAAUGUCCAAGCUAUCUAUCCCAUGGUCAAUACCUUUGAUCCGAGCUCCAUGUCUUCUAUACAACAUGUUAUGGCUUCUUCAUCCGGUGUACCUUCGCUGGCAGCCACUCAAGUGAUGAUGCCUUUGCCUAACAACCAGUGUCCACAGCCCAUUGCAUUAGGCAGGCCAUUAGGUCAACCUGGGCUUCCAGAACCUAGUUUGCAAGGUUCUCCUGCUAGGGAAGAGGGUGAGGUUCCCGAGUCAGAAUUAGAUCCGGACACAAGGAGAAGGCUUCUUAUAUUGCAACAUGGUCAAGACAUACGAGAUCCUACUCCUCAAUUUCCUGUGAGACCCCCUCUCCAUGUCGCAGUUUCUCCAGUGCAAUCACGGGGAAGUUGGUUUCCAUUGGAGGAAGAGAUGAAUCCAAGACAAUUGAGCAGGGCACCUAAAGAAUUUUCUUUAGAACCUGAGACUGUAUGUUUUGAUAAAAAACGACCUAACCAUCAAUCUUACUAUCGCACUGGGGAGAAUUCUAUUUCCUCUGAUAGAGUUCUUAAUGAAAAUCGGAGAUUGGCUAUGCAGUUACGUCAUGGAGAUGAUCGGUUGAGACCAAACCAUGCAGCAGCAAACUGUGAUUCCUUCUCAGGUGAGGAGAUGCCAAUCGGUCGAAUUUCUUCUAGCCACAGGGACAUCCAAUUUGAAUCUGGCCAGGUCACUGUACAAUAUGCGGGAACUCCUGCUGGGGUCCUACAGGAUAUUGCAACAAAGUGUGGAGCAAAGGUGGAAUUUCGAACAGCUUUAUGUGACACUACGGAAUUGCAGUUUUCUGUGGAGGUUUGGUUUGUUGGAGAAAAAAUAGGGGAAGGAAUUGGUAAAACGAGGAAGGAAGCCCAGCAGCAAGCUGCUGAAUUCUCCCUUCGAACUUUGGCUAAUAAAUAUUUGUCGAAUGCUACAUCUGAUACUCUGCGUGGAGAUAUGCUAAAGCCCUCUAAUGCUAAAGAAAAUGGUUUUAUAAGUGAUCCAAACUCUUUUGGAUAUCCAGCAUAUGUCAGGGAUGAUCUUUUGGGAGUAGCAAGCACUUCAGAAGAGUCCCGUUUUUUGGACCUGAGACUAGAGGGUUCAAAAAAAUCAACAGCUUCUGUUGCUGCUCUCAAAGAACUAUGUACCAUUGAGGGAUUUAACCUAAUUUUUCAACCUCAGCCCUCAGCUUCAACUGAUUCAGUCGGUAAAGGGGAAGUGUAUGCACAGGUUGAAGUAGCUGGGCAGAUAUUAGGAAAAGGAGUUGGAACAACCUGGGAAGAAGCUAAGCUGCAGGCAGCUGAAGAGGCCCUUGGAACUUUGAAGUCUAUGCUUGGUCAAUUUACUCAGAAACGCUCAGGAUCUCCAAGUUGAUUGCAGUCUGGUACACUGGCUUCUGCUUGUGAAGUUUGGUCUUCUCUUAUCAGUGUCAGCAGCUCCAAACAAGCGUUUGAAGCCAGAUUUUUCACGGAUGUUGCAGAGAAUCCCAUCAUCUGGUAGAUAUUCUAAGAAUGAAACUCCUGUGCCUUGACGACUACCACCAUUACCGUUUUUCCACUGAAGCAUCUGCUGAUUCAUCUAUAGCUCAGUAGUGAGAUGGACCUAUUGAGGUCACAGAGGAGGUCAAUGGCAAUUUUGCAAGGUGCAUCAUCUGUAACCAAAGACAAGCUUUUCAAGGUAACUGUUAACACUAGUUCCUGCUGCUUUUCGGGUACUUGGGUCUUACAUGAUCGAUCCAUGAGAUAUGAGAUCUCUCGUAUAUGGGUGUGGUGGUUGUACAUAUCUUCACCACCGAUUAUAAGUUUCCUUUCUACAUCUAAUGUUGGGAUCAUUCUCAGUGUGGUUUUGUGGAUGGGGAAGAUAAACUACUGUUAACCGUAUCAUCUAGAUGCGGCAUCUCUUCGAUAUUUGAUGUCACGGGGUUCUGAAAACAGAUGUUGCAGCUUGGGUACCUUCACAGAUCACACGUUUCUUUUUCCAUGGGCUGUGGCAUUCUUGGCUAAGGGUUCAUGCCCCCGGCAUUCUUUGCUUGUGAGGGCCAGAGUGGCAGGAAAGCCUGUUAGUCAGGAAAACAGUUGCUUGUAAAGAUCAGUCUAACAGUUAUUGGUGCCGAGUCAGUUGAAUGCUUUUGAGCCUAUGAAUCACUGGAAUUGCAGGCUGUCAAUUUUGUCAGAUGGCAGCUGGGAAAAGAAAAUUGACUCUCCACUGUAUAUUUUUACAGGUUCCAGCCCUGUUGUGGAAACUCAUAUUCCAAAGAAUGAGCUUGGGCUUGUUAAUGGUAGUUAGUCUCCAAAAAAAAAAAAGAGAGAGGGUCUCGAUGACGCAGUUGAGUCCUUGCUAUAUCUUUCAGUGGGUAGAUGAACUGUAAACCAGUUUUCCUAAUUACAUGAAGUGAGGUUGGUUCCGAAUUAAAU